AUGACGGACGAAAGCUUAGCACGUGUUUACCGGAAUCGAAGGAGAUUGCCUCGGAAACAACGUCAGCGUGAAUUUUCCAGUAAAGCCAAUCGACAGCUGGUCAAGAGGAAUCCGCCGUCGUCUUCUGGUGGAACCGACCUUCGGCCAGUAAAGCCAAUCGACAGCUGGUCAAGAGGAAUUCGCCGUCGUCUUCUGGUGGAACCGACCUUCGAAUCCUCGCGUCAGCAUGAAUCUUCCAGUAAAACCAAUCGACAGCUGGUCAAGAGGAAUCCGCCGUCGUCUUCUGGUGGAACCGACCUUCGAAUCUCCUCAACCUAA